CAAGGUGAAAUAGGAGUAGAAAAACAUCAUCUGCAUAUGAAGUACGCGCGGAAUGAGAACCUUUUUAAUAACAAAUUUCUAUUGAAAUUGAAUUAGUUUGCGAAAAAUUGCGUGAUUUUUAAUUGAGUGUAACUAAAAUUCGAAGUUAGUUAUGGAGUGGUACGAGAUUGCAGUAAACGGUGAGCGCACGGUGAAAUUUCUACCGAGAGCUCAUGAACCGUGCAUCCCUAAACACCGGGAUCAAAAAAAUUUGCAACAAAACGAUCUUGCAGCCGAAUCGGCUGAUGAAGAUUUUGCUGGCUCCCUACAAAUAGGCGGUAUCAUAAAACGAGGUGCAUGGGGCUGGCUGACUAGCGGAAAUGUGUUGGAAAUCACUGCGCUACGUAAUGGACAAACUCUUGCCUCCUAUGAAUUCACGGAAGCGCGUGGCUAUGACAACUGUUGCAUACGAUUUGUAGAGGAGUUAUUUCCGAACAACAACGAAACUGUGCUUUUAGCUAUAUGUAUAGAGUGUUUUCGUGCGGCAGGAGGUGGUUGCAGUUUUGUAGCAAUCUAUUCUGUAGAACAUGGCCAAGUUUUGAGUUGUAUGGAACUGUCUCUUCAUAUUACUGCAGCAGCGUUUGUAAAUAGAAAUUGUUGCCGGCGCUCAUUGUUGCAGAAUUUUGAUGGCUGCCUAGCUGUGGGCAGCGAAGAAGGUGUUAUUUUACUAUUGGACUUAAAUAUAAACAAAAUAUUAGCUACAUACGACGAGCGUCAGAUGAACACAUCAUCUAGGCAAUUUACUGAUAUGAUAACGGUAUGUAAAAUUGCUGACUACAAUCUGCCCCUUGCCGAGAUACAUCGGACAUUUCGACAAACACGCCACGAAGGUGUUCACUUCGGAUUGCAAUUAGAGGUCAUCGACACCCCAUGCUCUGUACAAUGUCUGCUGCCCAUCGAUUUGGCGCUGGGUCUAGCAAUCGGUCUCGAAGAUGGGCGCUUGGCCUUUUACGAUUUGGCAGAAAUGCAAAUAUUUUACAUAACAACGCCACAACCACAACAACUAAUGGCCCCUGUGGUGAAGUUAACUUAUCUAGAACCCCUGGAUGAUCCACGCCAUUGCCUCUACGUUUUUGCGAUGCAUGAAAAUGGAGAAAAUUUAAGUGCUGUGCUGCAUACGCUUAUCUAUGAAAAACGCUUACCGGAGAAGGAUGGCUUUUACUAUUUCGAGUCUUUUCUAACGAGUACAGCACGUCUACAAAUUCCCUUGGAAGGCACUAAGGGUAUCGCCAUUGGCUGUCAGUCAAUUAGCAAAAUACAUAAUAGUAGUUUCAAUAACAGCGCAAAUGGUGACACCAAUGCCACACACACAGACGAAGAUGGCUAUUGUUUGUGUGCGCUCAGUUGGUAUUCCACAUUUGAAGAGAAUAAUAAGCUACUCAUAUUCGAUUUGAAUCAAUGGUACAAAGAGGAAAUGCCCUAUAGCAUUACGCAGCAGAAGUGUCCCAGUUAUCUGGCCGGUUAUGUGUUGAGUGGGCGACAAUGCGCUCAAAGCGCUUACCUCAACCCCAGCACUGUCGCGCACUUUAACUCGUUGCAACGCUUUGAAGAACACUUCUAUCCGAAUUCGCUCAGUUUUGAUUUUGUGCUCCUAUUGCAAGAUAGCACGCUUGGUUAUACGUGGAUUGGUGCACAAAACAAAAUCAUAAACAUAUUGCGCGCUAGUAAUUCGAGCAUUUUUCUUGAACCUGAUAUGUAUUUCAGAGAAAUAUUGCGUGCGCGAUUGCUGCCGCAGUUUACUGAAUUAGGACUGGAUUCCACAUUUUCUCGGCUUGCCAUCUAUGAAACCAUCUUAUCAGUCGCAUUGGAGCACAACUGUUAUAGUAUCCUGCGAGAUUGCGCCAAAUGUUGGGCAGAUGGCAGUUUUAUGGGCUCCAAUUUCACUGCCACCACGGGCAUUUCACUCUCUACGCUUACCGAUUGGAUAUGGAAGCGUGCCACGGAUAUCAAAACGCGCUGUAAUGACCUUUCAAAAGGCCUUUUCGAUUACGCCGGCUAUCCUUUGGAUCAUCGUGAGCAAAAAGAGUUGGGAUACUUGACGCGCCAGCUGAAAUUGCUAGCCGAUUUGUUGGGUGAGGUGCUGUCCACAGGCAAGCGGUAUAUACCCGACAAAGUUUUCCUCAACCUUGAGGCACAACACAAAUCUAUGCGCAUGGCUUCAGAGUACCAAGAUGUGUUGCUGUGGCUACUAAACAUCGGUUUACUACCAGAAAUUCUGCAUAAUCGCAACAACGGUAGCCCAUGCAAGCCACAUGCCCGGGGCAAAGGUGUUGUCAAUACGAACUCAUCCAACACCAGUGCUAUUCAAUAUCCUUAUGAUGAUUUGAAGAAUUUAUAUGCGCGCAGACGCACCUUUUUCGCGCGUAUCAAUGAAAAUUUUAUCUCAAAAAAGACUGGCAGCUGUCGCUUGCUUUUCAUCGAUGCGCUCAUUGCGCACGAAUGUAAGGGCGAUAGUUUGCGUGAAUGUUGGCUGGAAAAUGGCGGCAAUGGCCUCUAUCCACCGCCUACCAUUGAGGCCAUGCUGCGCAUUUUGCUUGUACCAGAAGUAGAAUUCGAGAAUAAAUGCGCUAUUUUGUUGUAUUUCUUUUUGGACUUGCACAUGACAAUCGAUGAGCGUGCUCACAAGGCGGUUGUGGAGAGCUUUGUGAAGUUUCCGAGUGUUUUUAAGCUAACUGCUGCCUUGAUCAAGACUGUGCAAUCGUUUUGGAAUCUAGACCAUGGACUCUUUAUGCCCGCUGUUGACGAAUUCAUAUCGCCCUUCAACAAUAAUCAAACCUACAACCAAUGGAUGCUGGAACUGCUCAUUGAGUCGUUGCUUACCCAAAACGCGUCCGAUUUUGCGUUGCGCAUACUUGAAGCGCGGCCUAAUCUCAUCUCGCCCUUACUUAAACUCAAAACUUUGCUGGCCAGCGAUCUAGUCUCAGAAGCUUUCCAUUUUGCGCGCACCAAACAAGAUGACUCCCUGCUGGAACUUUUCUUCAAAUGUUGCCUCUGCGCUGGCAAAUAUGGCGUCAUACGCGACUUAGCACUCAAUGAACGGGAAGGUCACCUGUUGCAGAGCAUAUUACGAAGUAGCAAAACCCACGGCGCCGAGAACUUGCAUUUCGUGUAUCUGCUUCAAAGGUCCAAAUACAUCGAGGCUGUUUCAUAUUUGGAUGAGUUGUCGCGUGCGAAGAAUUUGCGCACAAAUUACGGUAAUGAGAGUGGCGUCAUCGGUACCAGCGAUACGCCGACGCUAGUGCUGUCGGCCUUCAAUACCACAAUGGCGCCAGUGACCCAAGGUUUGACAGAUGUUUACUUCCGCAUUAAAAAUAAAAUCAAGCAUAGGGAGGCGGAUAACCGUUCGCCUGUGCCACUAAGUUGCCAGCUCAUUAAGCAGAAUGCGAAUAACUUGCUUGGUGGCAUUUAUCAUAGCUCUGCGCUAAGUGCACACUUUGCCACCUACUAUUGGGGCGAAAUGGAGGAUGAGCGAAAGCGUAGCGCUAAGCCCGCCUCCAUGCUGCUCAGCGCUAAUAAUGCGCCAUUUUUGCGUAAGCCGCAAGUAGAAACGUGCCACCUACAAAUGGAGCAUUAUGCUCAAAGCGGUGUCUCAUAUCCGCAGCCGUACAAAUUGACUGAAAAACGCACGCUGGCGGAGCGUGAAAUGGAGCUGGAUGAGGCGCCAACUGAUAUGCCCACAACAUUGAAUACGGCGGUGACUCAAUCGCGUAAACGUCGUCGUUUAUUGGGGCAGGAAGUUGUCGAAGACCUUGGUCACUUCAUGCAGAUGAACAAGUCGGCGGGCCAUUUGACGGCAAGAGGUUUUGAUUUGCAAGCUGCCUGCGAAUCGCAAGCAGAGAAGGGCGAGUUGACGACACCAUGUAAAACGGCUGUUGCGACAGAGUUUCUAAGGCAACCAUUAACAACGCCUCGUCGACGCUUGUCUACACUUAGUGACAGCCGUGUCGGUGUGAGCAUGCCGCCGUCUGCUACUUCGGAGCUGCAUAGCAUACUCAAGACAUGCAACACACCGGAAAGGAGUGAUCGGGCACUCAGUGCCAUAGACGAAAGCAAGUAUUUGCGCUUCAAACUGCCGGCUACGGAAAUAGAAGAGGAAAAAGAAACUGCCCUUGCGAGUAAAAUAACACAAGAAAAGUUGAACCGCAUCGAACAUUUCGUUGGCAAAAACGAUGAUGGAGUGAAAGCCAAGCGGCGAAUAGUGACUACAACGGUCGUUAUUGAUGAAGUUGACGACAGUGUGGCGACGGCUGACGUGAUUGAGGUAGGAACGGAAGCGCCGAAUGAAGUGACACAGGAGGACAUUGAAAUGUUAGAAGACGACGCUGUGGACGAAGUGCUCAUUGAAGUGAGGCAUGUAAAACCCAUGUCCUGCGUCGAGUCUUCUAGAACCAAACAAAAUGCGGUUGAGUGCGCUGUCUCAGUAGAGUCGAAUGCUUCUAAGAGCAAUGAUGUUUCCCUGGAGGAGGAACGGGAGGAGGAGGAGGGGGAAGAUGAAGACUUCUAUUCACCGCAUUCUUCGUACAACAACUCCCUACUCGUGGUAAAUGCUUGCUCACCUCUAGCGUCGACAACAGCUGCAAUCAUAUCUUCGGCCAACGAAUCAAGCACAUCAAAAGUAUUCCACUUUAGUGGACCACAGUCUCGUAAGCCACUAGCUCGUCUCUCAGCCGAACGCAGCCAAAGUUGUACACCAGAAAGACAGUUGCCGGAACAAAAGCAAGGAAACCAACCACCACCACAGAGCGAUAUUCAAAAUCAGCUGAGCAGUGGUUAUGUUAGCGUUACUUCUAGAAUUUCAACUGCUGUGACUUCUUCCAAUGCAGCUGAACCCUGCCAACCCACCUUCCAAAUCAAGUCCGUAAUGUCUUUGGCUAGCAAAGAUUUUGCGCCAUUUAGCUCAUCGUCAAAAAUAUGUGCCACUCAGUCUAAAUUCAAUUUUGAAGAUCAAAAAGUGCACGUUCCACGCGGCAAGCUCUCUGAAUGCAGCACCAUAGUGGGAAGCUUCAGUGUGGAAAUGGAAAGCGGCUUGUCAGAAGCAGACGAAGUCGACAAAGCGGCAAAGCAACCAACGGCUUAUACACAAUUGAAGUCGGCGGCUGGUGAGUUUGGGCGUCCAACGAUAGCAGCGCAACAUUUGCGCGCCAAUACAACGCUAGAGAUGAGCUCAUAUGAGUACACGCUAGCCGAGGUAAAAUCUCAAGGUACUAUGAAGCAGACUGUUGGCCCAGAAGCGGAUGGCGCUAAGCAGAACGCAGCUGUGCUGCAAGUUAUGGAAACAGUUGAAGUGAUGGAUAUGGAUGAGGAAUUGGAAAUGGAAACAGAAACAGAAAACGAAAAUGAUAUAUUUAAAGAGCAGCAAUCACAAAACGCUGAAAUUGCAAGCAAUGCUGUGGGAGCUGACUCUGACUUGUACGCCGAUGCACUUGGCAUAGCCGUGCAACACGGAUCCGAUGGGGACGUUAACAGUAGUGAAGACUCCAAUGAUAUAGUAGCUUUGUAUGAGAACCAACGAGCCGCGAAAAAUCAGGCUGCUGCCGACAGCAGUGACGGCGAUGUGAUUAUUUUAUCGUCGUCUGCAUCGUCGAUCCAAAGAGAUGAUGGAAAUGAGACAUUGGAUUCCGAAUCUGAAAACGAUAGCGAGAAAUAUGAAGACGGACAGGACGAAGAGGAAGAAGAGGAAGAAGUUGAUGAUGAUGAAGAAAGCGAGAAUGAAGAUGAAGAUGACGCGGAUGAAUAUAGAAAUGACUCGGUUGAGAAUUCUAUCGAUGAUGUAUCGUCCAUCGAACUUGACGACGAGAGCAACAACAGCGCCAGCGAGAAAUCCCGAGAUAUUACAAGUGAACCAAUCGCCAGGCCUACUGUAGUACGUGAAGAUAAUAGUGCGGAUGUAGGCAAGGAGCCGAAAACCGCAAAUCAAGCACAAGAUACCCAGGAGGCAAGCCCAGAUACAUCUCUACAUGGUAGUAAUUCUUCCACUUCAGUGGAAAGCGAUGUCCGAUUCGUAGUUGAAGGGGCCGUUUCGAGCUGUGCUGAUUAUGAAGAGCUGGCGAUGCGCGAAACUGUUGUUUUUGAGGAGUCCGGUGAUGAACAACAUCCCGAGGAAGGAAGCCAAGUUGGGUGCAACUACUUCAGCAAGAGUGUCUUUAUGCAAAAAGACGCUGAAAUCACAAUUGAAGAGCUAAACGUUAGCGCAUACACAAAAACCACGAAAGAGGUCUACGAGGAGCUGGACAGUGAUGUGUUUUAUUAUGGCGCGGAGACGACAAGCGAAAGUCUUGAAUUUCGGGAGGAGCGUAAAAUUGAGUUAAAUUUUGAAAUGGAAACUGCCAGCACUUCUAAGAAGGCCGUUAUACAAAGUGCGAAUUUUACUACAAAACCACCAGAGAACUUAGUACAAGACACAUUGAACAACGAAGAAAAACCAACCUGCUCUGUGUAUGCUAAGAACAAAUUCGGAGGUGUCCAAGAGUCCAAUGAAAGUAUUCAGAGAAAUGUGUCAAAGAUAGACGAUGCACGACAUUUUUCUGCGGUGGGAAUAUGUAUCACAAAUAAGGAUAGACAUGAAGAAGCUGAAAUAGAAUUGGCAAAUGAUGUCCCGAGCUCGAAGGAUAUAGAAGGAACUGAAAAAGACGAGGCAAAAGGGCAAGCACGAAUCCAUUUGCGGAUGAAUGAAACCGAAGAUACAGAAAAAGUUGCAGCAGGAGUGCCAAAAAUAAAAGGGCAGAAAAGUGUGGAAUGCGAAGAACGGGAAGGUUCAGAAAACACUGAAAACGAGCCGAUUGAGGAGGAGCAAAUCACUCUCCACGUGGAGGAAUGCGAUCUCAGUGAGGCCGAACUAAUAGAAGUUGAAGCGGAGGCAGCAAAUACAACUGCAGUGAAAAAUUCGUCGGUUAAAGUUGCAACAAAAGCUGUUGAAUUUGAAAAUAUUGGCCAAGCGAUUGUUGAACCAGCGAAGCCGGACACUGAACAAGAGUCUACGCAAUCGUCGCAAAGCCCGAUACCCAUAAAGGAAGCAUUGGAGAGCAAUAGCUCAGUUACUGAAAAACAAGCCGCCUCGAAAAAGGCCAACGAAAAGAAUGCUUCUAAAAGCUCACACACUUCCUCAAACAUAUUGCCAAAGGAGACAGAAGAAUGGCAAGCAAAUACUCCUACGCGUACACGUUGCAGUCGCCGUGGGACCUCUGUGCCACCGCCAGCAGACGCGGUUAUCAGCACACCAGUUGACGAAAUUAUUACACCACGUCGCAAUACUCGCGGUAUCUCGAUGCCUCCCCAGACCACAGUCCAGCAAGAGCAAGAGAUUUCUGUAGGCACGCCAGAAACGCGCGGUAUCAGUCGUCGCAACGUACGCGCAAGCUCAGCACAAGAAGAAAUCGCUGCUCUAACCACCACGCCGCGUACGCGACGAAGUGUGCGCGGUGUAUCCAUGCCGCAUGAUGAAGAUGAAAGUGGCGGUACGCCCGUGCGCGCAAUACGAGGCACAUCGGUGCCACCACCUGCCCAAAUUGUCACCCGUCGCCGCUCAAAUUUGCUCGAUGCCAUCAACGAAAGCACCCCAGUAGUGGACUCACCUUCAACGCGCACACGUUCGCGCAUGCGUCUCAAUUCUGCCGAGAGCGAAUUAGAUUCGUCGGUUGUAAGCGGUAGCGAACAGACGUCUCAAGCCAAGCGCACGCGCCGCUCUUCAAUAUCGAGCAGUAUUUCGGAGCAACCGUCUACGCCGAGUGGCCGGCGUACGCGCCGUAGCACUGCUGCGACCGAUGCUGCAAAUAGCGAAGUGGGUACACCUAAAGCGCUGCGACAAACAACGCGUAGAAAGAGUGCCAACACCGAAAACCUGUAUGCUGCGCAGCCACUAGAAGAGGACGAACGUGAAACUGAAAAAUCAAUUAAAACAAGUGAAAAUGACGCACAAACCGCCUUAUACUCAUCGGCGCGUCGUUUGACACGUACUCAACUGGCUAUAAUGGAGAAAUCGGCUGCACUUAGCAGAAAUGCACCGGCAGUGGGACCGCGCAGUGGUGCAUCCAUAUCACCACCCAUACCGAAGCGCGUCAGCAAGCGCCGUAGCUCGCGGUCCACUGUGCAGGACAGCGAUGAUGUCGAAUCGAUUUCAUCACACCUAAGUAAUGUUUCAGGCACACCGAAGCGUCGUGUAACGCGAAGUUCGAUGAAGGAUAAGGAGGAAAAGGAUGAUGAUUUGGCGAGUAUUGCCAGCUCAUUGGGCAGUGAACGUAUACGUGCGCGGCGCUCCAAAGAGGCAAAAAGCUCGCCGAGUACUACUUUAAGUACCAUACAAGAAGAUGAAGCGGAAGAAGCGGGACGAAGGAAGCGUUCUAAGCCAAUCAAAAAUCGUUAGUUUAAGCCCAACAGAGAGCCCAGUCCGUAAGGCCAACACUAAAUUAAUAAAAUAUACAUAGUUUUUGUUGUUGCAGUGUGAAGUUGGUGGAAAAUGCCAAUAAACAAGAAACCUUAUCGUACCACCGAAGAAUAAGCAUUUUUAUUUUAUUUUUUUAUGAAAAAAAUUU